GCACUAUUUUUGAUCACUUUCUCUCUCUGUCUCUCUCUCUCUGUGAGCUCGCGAGACCUCCCAUUUCCCUCACCGAUUCAAACCCUAGAAAUCGACGAAAAUCACUGAACGAUUGUAUCCGAGAUUUCGCUGGUGGGUCCCACAACACCUGUAUUGAGGUUUUGAGGUUGGCAAUUUGCUUCUUGGAGUGAUGCUUAAUCAUCCACGGAGAAGUUUACUUUCAUUAUGUUAAAGCUUUCUCAAAAUUAAUUUCGGUUUGAGCCUCAAUAACUGGAUCUCGAAUUGGAGUGAUGAUAUGCUGACUUGUUCAUCUGUUAAGUUCCUUAGUCGUUUGUGUUGAAUUAUCUAUGCCUGGCAACGAAGCUGGAGACAGGGUCCACAAUUUCUUUGCUCAAGACAACUUGUCCCAGGGCCAGCAUCAAUCACAGGCUGUUGACGGAAGUUGGCCGGGAAGUAUCAAUUUUAGGGCUGGAAGUCAAACACACAAUGGUUUACCAAAUUCCAAUUCAAAAAACUACAAUCUAGGGCUAUCAGAUAUUGAGAGAGGACAUAGCAGUUACUCUAUUCCGGUGUCUCAUGGAGGAAGGUUUACGCAGCCAGCAGUGAGGCCGGAGCUUGCUAAAAGUAGGCCUCAAAGUCAACAUCCAAACUUGAAUGGCUAUAUCCAUGGACAUCACAUUUUACAGACGAGACAGAAUGCGCCAAAAUUUUUGGGAGUGGAUUUAGAAUCUCAGAACCGUAAUAUAACGCCAAAAGGCUUAUCUAUUUAUGAAUCCAAACAACGGGAUGACCCUGAAAAUCAUACAACUUUAGUUAGGUCGGAAUCAUGUGAAUCGCCGGUUAGUUUUGAUUUUUUUGGUAGCCAACAACAGAUGAACAGACAACAAACUGGCAUUAUGCAAUCUUUACCACCACAUCAAUCUGGGUUUAAUGACAUGCAGCUGCUGCAACAACAGGGUAUGUUGAGGAAAAUGCAAGAGCUUCAGAGGCAGCAACAGAUUCAACAACUAGAAGCAAUCAGACAGAGUACACCGAACCAGAUUUCCUCCAUCACAGAGCAGGUAUCUGGCAGCAAUUCACCUACCCUAAUAAAUGGCACUCCCGUCGCUCAAAUUACUGAAGCAUCAAAUUAUCCUUGGGCUUCUCCGGCAGUUAAUGGAUUUGGAUUUUCGCCGGAGCAAGGUCAGUCACUGAGCUUAAUGGGUUCAUUUCCUCAACAAAGGGUUGAUCAAUCUCCAUAUGGGGUUCCUGGUUCUAGUUCUAGGGGCACUUCGAUGCAGUAUUCUCAUGUCCCAUCAGAUAAGCCUCCAACUCGGCAAAUGACAAUGUUCAGCAAUUCUUUUCCAAGUAAUCAGUUCGCUGGAUUCUCAGGUCAGGUUAAUAUGCAGGAUGGGUCUUUGGAUUCUAGACAUGGAUUUCUUGGGGAAAAUUUGUUGAGUCAUUCUUACGAUCAGGGUCUAGAUAGUGGGAUGAAUUCGGAAACAAUGCACGGAAAAAUUGGAAAUCAGGUUUCUUCUUUGCAUAAUGUGGCUUCCCUAGAUCCUACUGAAGAGAAGAUUUUGUUUGGGGAUGACAAUACAUGGGAUGCCUUUGGAGGUAGCGCGAUCAUGGGGCUUGGAGGUUCUAAUUUGUUGAACGGUACAGGAUUUUCGGAUGGAUUUCCUUCUUUACAAAGUGGGAGUUGGAGUGCUCUGAUGCAGUCUGCUGUUGCAGAAACUAGUAGCAAUGACAUUGGGCUCCAUGAAGAGUGGAGUGGUCUGAGUUCUCACAAUACUAAUGUUACGACUUCCCUCCCUAAUGAUGCCAAUGUCAACAAUAGCUAUCAGGGUUUCCCAGGAUUGCAGCAAUCUGGACAUAGAUUUUCAUAUGAACAUAGUGAGAGGCUGCAGAGGAAUUCUUCUCAUCGAUCAAUUCAGCAAUCCUCAGAAGAAGGAAGUAAAUUGUUAAGUCGUGGUCCUCUACAAAAACCACUUGCUGAAGGGAUUCAGAUUUAUGGAAAUGCUGCUCAUUCUGUAGAUGCAGAAAUGAAUGCCAAGAACGUUUCGGGUUCUUGGCCCAACCAACAGAAAGUUUCCUCUUUCAACUCUGGCCAGCAACAGAGUAAGCCGAAUGGUCACAACGUUGGUGAGGCUGUAACAGCUAGUCGUGAUGCAUUGUCAAUACAGCAUGGGAAUGAGAACAAAUUGCAACAUUUGCAGAGUAGUGAUUGUGGUGGUCAUUUGUGGAAAGCUGAUUCAGGUCCGGAUUCCAGCAUUGGAUUGGAGCAUGCAGUGUUUUCCAGAGAGGACUCAAGUUUAAAUAAUCUUGCUGCGAUAGCAUAUUCUAGCACUGCAACAUCCAGCCAGGAAAACACCCAGCAUUUUAGUUACUGGAAACAUGCUGAUUCUUCACUGAAAAGCAAAGGACCUGCGGAAUCAGGGAAAUUCCAUCAUCAUCAUAGCAAGGGCCCUCAGGUUUUGGAGUUGUCCAUAAAGAAAUCUGAUAAGGAUUCAGUUAAAAUGCACGAGACAGAGAAGUGUGAUAGAAAAGAGAAUUCUAGCGACAGCCGUAGCUCCAACAUAUGCCAGCACACUACCACUAGUGAUGUAAGGGAAGGUAAUUGGUCAGAUGGAAUUGAGUCUCAGAAUUUUCCUGGAGGCAAGGAGAAGUCGUCUGGUCAAGCUGGCCGAAGAACUCCUGGUCAUCGAAAAUUUCAGCACCAUCCACUGGGAAACGUGGAUGAAGAUGUUGAACCUUCUUGUGGAAUGGAACAUGCUAGCCACUCGCAGACCAUGUCCCAGCUGAUUCCUAGUGCAUCAUACGGUCCCAAUCAGGGUUAUUUUGGGCACUCCAAUUUUUUUGGUCAUUUCCCCAAAACUUCCUCUGAAACGGAAAAGUUGCAUUCCCAGGAUAUACAAAGAAACAAAAAUGGGGCAGAUGACACACCUUCCAGAAGAACUCUUCCAGGUUUUGCACCUUCUUCUGCUCCCUUCGACAGAUCUGUUAGGAUACAUGAACAAAGCAAGGCUACUCAAUCAAGUCAAAAUAUGCUUGAGCUUCUUCACAAGGUGGAUGAAUCCCAGGAACGCGGUAGUUCUGAUGGAUCUGUGGGUCCCCUUCGGCAAAAUCAGUCUUCUUCUCAAGGUUUUAGUUUACAACUUGCACCUCCAUCACAAAGGCUGCCCAUCCAAAACCAUGCAUUACCUUCUCAUAGCUCUGAACCGACAAACAGUUCUCAAACUUUGUUUUGCAUCACUCCUGAGAUGAGAGAAAAGGGUCAUACAUGGCUGGCUUCUGAUGAAGAUCAAGUGCAAUCUUUGCCUUUUCCCCUUGAAACAUCUCAAGGAGAAUUCAAGUUUAGUGGAAUUGGAAUGCCAGGACCAACUAGAAUCACUGAAAAUCACAAGUUCUAUCAGAAUAGGUUGCAGCCCAGUCACUCAAGUAAUUAUGUGUUAUCAAAUUCAUCCACACCGCAGGAUCAAGAGGAUCGAAUUUCGCGAAAAGUAGUGAAUGGACCAUCCGAGUAUGGCUUAAAUUCCACGGAGUUGCAAGGUUUUGUUUGUCAACCUGAAAAGGAAAGCCUUCGUCAGCUAGUAUCUUCCGGGAACCCUGAAUUGGCUGACAGGAUGACUGCAUCCCAAGGGAAAGAAUCUGGUGUCAAUAAUCAGUCUGACUCCUCUCCUUCAGAUUCUGCUUCAACUCAGAGAGAUAUCGAAGCCUUUGGUCGUUCCUUGAAGCCGAAUGGUCUUUCGCAUCAAAAUUACUCCUUAUUGCAGCAAAUGCAGGCCAUGAAUAGUACAGAGGUUGAACCAAGUAAUAAGAGCUUGAAGAGAUUAAAAAGAGCAGAUAGUGGGCUGGGAUCUGGAGACUCAAAAAUGCUAAGCUUUUGGGGAGAUGGAAAUGCAGCUUCUCAACUUGGGAGUAAUGUACCUUCUCAGGAUGUACUUCCCCUUGGUCGGAAGGAUUCUGAAAAUUACUCUCUUAGUAAUAGUGCAGCAUCUGUUAAAGCUGAACAUUCUCUGAUUAGUCCCCAGAUGGCGCCUUCCUGGUUUAAUCAGUUUGGAACCUUUAAAAAUGGGCAGAUGUUGCCUAUGUACAAUGCACGAAAAGAUGGCACCGCAAAUAAUGUGGAACAACCGUUCGCAUUUGGGAAGUAUUCUGACAAUUUGCUUGCAUCUAAGUCAUUAGAGCUAGUUAAUGAUGCUGCUGAUUCAAAUCAGGUAGGCAAGAUCUGGCAAAGUUCAACACCCACUUCUGUAGCGAUUGAGCAUUUUUCUUCCGGCCAGUCACUUGUUCAGAAUGUCGCUGAUCAGAGUUUGGUCGUCGUAAGUCCAAAGAAGCGGAAAAGUGCUACAUCAGAGCUUCUUGCUUGGCACAAAGAAGUGACAGAGGGUUCCAAUAGUCUUCUGACCAUAAGCUUGGCAGAAGUUGAUUGGGCCAAAGCAACUAACCGGAUAAUUGACAAGGUGGAAGUUGAAGCUGACAUAAUUGAUGAUGGACAACUGGUGCUUAGACCUAGGAGACGGCUUAUCUUGACAACACAGCUAAUGCAGCAAUUGUUUCUUCCUCCCCCAGCAGCUAUUCUCUCUGCAAAUGCCAGUUCAAAGUAUGAGACUAUGGCUUAUUUUGUCGCUAGACGAGCAUUAGGGGAUGCAUGCAGCUUAAAUUCUUGCUCUGGAAGGGAUUCUUGUGUGCCUCUUGGCAGAUCAAAACUAAUUGGUGAUCAGAGUCUUUCUGAAGUUGUGGCAGACGUCGAUGGUAAGUCUAGUGGUUUGCAUGACAAGUGUAAACUAUCUGAGAGAAUUUGUUGUCAGCAUCUUUCUAAAGUUGUGGAAGCCUUCAUUGAUAGAGCGAGGAAGCUAGAAAAUGAAUUCAUGAGUUUGGACAAGAGAGCAUCAAUAUUAGAUUUGAGACUUGAAACCCAAGAAAUUGAGAAGUUCUCCAUAAUCAAUCGAUUUGCUAAGUUCCAUGGCCGGGGACAAGCUGACGUGACCGACACCUCGUCUUCUUCGGAUACAGCUGCGAAUGCUCACAGACCUUUCCCCCAGAGAUACGUCACUGCAGUUCCAGUGCCUCGAAAUCUCCCUGAAAGGGUACAAUGUCUCUCUCUUUGAUCUUUAAUUAAUUUAUUGGGCCCCUCCUUGGCACUGCACCAAAGCCCUAGAACAUACAAAGCCGAAUUUGCAAGCAAAGAGAGGAUACUAAAAUUUCUCUCCUUUGAAGGAAUGGAGGCCUUCUGAAUCUCUGAUGUAGUAUUCAACAAUGUAGGCCAUUGUUUUCUUUUUUUGAGAAAUAUAAGUUCAGUCCUUUGUAAAUCUCUGCGAAAUUUAAAAAGAUGGUUGGGGUGCCCCGUCAAUUUUGCAGUAAAUGGGCAGAAUAUUCUUUAGAAUUGCAGUCUGAUAUACUGAAGAUGUGCACAAGCAAAAUAUUUCCCUCUGAUGUAUACAAGUUUGUAUCUAUUUUCUUGUGGGUUUCCCUUCA